AAUUUCGAUGAAAAGUAGUUUAGUUUGGAAUUUCUAACAUAAAAUGACUGAUAAACAUCCGUCCAAUGCGUCAUGUCAUUUUGUCGUCAUCGCUUUGACCAAUGAGCUUUCCUAAGCAACUUGAUUCGAAGUGGUCGACUUUACGCUUCGUCCACCCUUCAAAGCAAACAGUGCGGUGACAACCCUUCAAGCUGGUGUCCCAUUUGAUGGUUAGAAUUUCUUAAACAGAUUAAAUUCCAAAUAGAAAAAUGUCCGCGUUCGAAAUCAUAUCCGACUACUCCAAGGCGAACUUGAAGGUGAUUCCCGACGCGAUUUUGGACAUGAGCAACUUGAAAAUGCUCUUCUUAGAGAGGAAUUUUCUGGUCAGUUUGCCCGAGAAUUUCUUCUACAGAUUGCCCAACUUGAUGUGGCUCGAUCUGCGGAACAACCAGCUGGAAGCUUUGCCCAAAAGCAUCGCCCAUCAUGAGCAUUUGGAGCAUUUGCUUCUGACUAAUAACAACAUUACCAAGCUGCCAAACGAGCUCGGGCUGGCGACGAACUUAAAAGCUCUCCAAGUGGCGGAGAAUCCCCUGGCUUACCCCAGCAAAAAAGUGGUCCAAGAAGGCACCAAAUCCAUCAAAACCUUCUUAAAAGAGCAGUACGAAAUAGAGUGUGCGAAAAACGCGGAAAAUCAUUCAGACGCCAGUGCGGAGCUAGAGAAACUGAAAAUGCAGCUGAAGGAAAAAGAGAAAUACAUGGAAGCCCAAGAAGAGAAACUGCUGAAGAUCCACGAAAAAGAAUCGGAAAUAGCGCCAAUGAAACAAAGCGGCAAAGUGUCUAAAGAUGCUUUUUAUAGCGCUCAUAAGCUCAGUAAGCAAACCCUGAAAUCUGCUGAAACGAUUCAGAAUAACAUCCCAGACCCCAGUGGGCUGAAUCCCAAUUUGCGCGUUAAAAAACUUGAAUACGGCCCUAAAAAGGCGGAGGAGCCAAUGAAAAUUAUCCACAGCGUCAGCAAGAGCGACUCGAAAAUAUCGCUCAAGUCAUAUUUUCAAAAACCUGGAGCCAGAAGCAACUUGGAGCGCAUCCCCGAGAAUGUACUCAAAGAGGGCUGGCUGAACAAGCUGAGGAUCCUGUUGAACGAUCAAGAGCGAAUUUUGCAACAAGAAAGGAACUUGAGAGCUUUGUCUUCGUGGCGGCAGAAGCCACCAAAAACCCCAAAAACGUUCUAUGAUAGCGAUGACGCCAGUCGACUAUCUGAGGCUCCGUAUGCUACCUAUCCAGAAUACGCUCGAAUUCCAAGUAGAAGCGACUUAGCAAGUCAACUGCAGUCGUUCCUUCAGGACUCAAAUGUUGCCAAUAAAAGGCCCAUUAAAACACCCCACAUUAACUUAGACAAAGUGAUUAACGACCUGGUGGAGCAAUUAAGAGAAAUGGAAAUUAGCGGCAACAAUAAUCGCUCUCCUCGCAGUGAAAUGCAACAAUCGGGAAAACAGAUUCAAACUAUUAUCGACAUUCAUAAAAAGCUGCUCCAGUUGAAGUCGACAAACGAUUACAUGAUCUAAUGGGAACCGAAAUGAAACACACCUUUUUAAAUUGCUCUUUAUUUGCCAUUUGUGAAACGUAAACAAUAAUGUUGCCAAUAAAUCGCUCUGCUUA